AUGGCCAAGAAGAUCGAGGAGAGCUCCAGCGGGGAGAGCGGCAGCGAGAGCGAGAGCGGGUCGGGCUCCGGCUCCGGCAGCGACUCGGGCUCGGGCAGCGACAGCGGGUCCGGCUCCGACAGCGACAGCGACAGCGGGUCGGGCUCUGGCUCCGGGUCCGACUCGGGGUCCGGCUCGGGUAGCGACAGCGGAAGCGACAGCGACGGCGAGAAGAAGAAGGACAAGUCGCCCGCCAAGGCCAAGAAGGAGACCGCGAAGGCAGCUGCGAAGAAGUCGCCGCAGAAGGCCAAGGCCAAGAAGGCCACGGGAAAGGCCGACGCGGCAGUCGUCGACGAGUCCAAGAUGGAAGAGAUCGACCCUGAGAAGCUCAAGGGUCUCAAUGAAGUCGAGAAGGAAGCGCUUAUCUUGUACGUCAUGCAUGCACGAAGAAGAAGAUGCGAAGCAGGGUAUACUGACAUGCUACGAUAUAGGGAGCACUACGAGUCGCAGACGCAAAAGUCCAAGGAAAUCGCGCUCAAGCGCAAGCUUGAGAGCGAGAAGGAAGCCCUUGAUGACGACAACGAAGCAAUCUCGAACCGACGACUGCGCAACCGCGAUACGGACCGGCGGCAAGACGACGACGAGGACGACGACGGGUUCCGCUCGGAUGGGUCCGACGCCGGCCGCGAGAUUGCGGAGAAGCGACGCCGUCGCAAGGAGCUGCAGCAGACUGGCAGCCACAAGGACGAGUCGCGGUCGUCGGACAAGAAGGCGUCCAAGAAGGCUUCGACCGACGAAGUCAAGCUCCAGGAGAUUGAUGUCUCGGGUCCCAUCGACCUCAAAUAUGCCAACUCGUGCCUCCACAAGCGCCGCCAGUUUUUCGAAAAGCACUACUUUGAGCCGUACUUUGAGAAGAUCAUCAAGGGCGUCUACUGCAAGGUGGCGCUCGCAGGCGAGGACGACGAGCGCGUGUACCGUUUCUGCCAAGUGCUGCACACGUGCAAGAUGGAAAAGGAGUACAUUUUCAUGGGCGAGGCGACCAAGACGGGCGUCAUGCUCGCAUACGGCAAAGACACGCGCGCGUGGCGCCUUGAUCUCAUCUCGAACCACUCGGUGACGGAGCGCGAGUUCCUCCUCUGGAAGUACACGGUGCAGAAGGUGAACCUCCCGAUCAUGACGCAAAUGCAAGCCAAGAAGUUCUACGCGGUCAACAAGGCGAUCGCUACGAUGCACAAGUACACGGACGAGCAGGUGACGACGAUGGUGACGCGCAAGAAGGCGGCGGGCCAGACCAAGGUCGCUCUCGGUGUCGAACGCGUCCGCCUCGAACGCGACGUCAAGGCCGCCAAGAACAGCAACGACUUUGAGAAGGCUCUGGCACUCGAGGACCGCCUCAACAAGGUCCUUGCCGAGAACAAGAGCCGUCUCGCGGUCAAGGCCGACGAGGUCCAGCGCAUCAACGAGAUCAACAAGCGUAACCGCGAGAUCAACCAGCGCCGCGACCUGGAUGCGGCGGUCACGAACCAGCAGCAGAUGGACAACAUGACGGCGGCGCAAAAGCUGCAAUACGUCCGUGCGACAGCAUCCCGACGCAUGUUCAUGUCGCGCGACAAGAUGGAGAAGAACCUUGCCGACGGCAAGCUCCUUCGCAUGCCCGAUGGACGCAUCAUGACCGUCAACAAGCUUCAGGAAGUCGAGGCACUCCCGGAUGACAUGAUCCCGGAAACAAAGGCCAAGAAGCAAGACAGUGGUCACGACGGGCUUGUUGAGAAGAUCAAGGAGCGUCAGGCGCGCGCGCUCGAAGACGAGUCCAAGCCCGACGAGGCGAUGGCAAACGACAUUGAGUUUGUGGAUGGCCAGCCCGUCGACGUCACAGAUGUGGCCAACCUCACGAUUCGCUACAAGGACAACGACGGAACGUGGACGACGAUGCGGCCGGCCGCCGAGAUUCUCAAGGAGAAGGAGGCCAAGAUCCGCCCCGUGAUUCCGGAAGCCGAGAAGGUCCAGCGCAAGGGCCUCACGAUGAAGGAGUAUUUUGAACGCGUGAAGCGCCGUGCGGCUGAAGACGGCCAAGGCGACAACAAGCACCCACGGCAUAGUUAGGCUUCUCAACUUUGCCACACACUUCGCAUUGUACUAUGGCGUCUAUCAUCCAAUGCCCUUCGUCUGUAUUGUUGCUUGUAUCUGCUCUGCGACCAGGACCCGUCUGGGAUACGAAAGCAAGUGGGUGUGAUUGCCGAAAUGUAAAAAAU